AUGGAUCUUGAACCUGGAAACGGCGUGAAAGGACGCACCCCAUUCCCGAAUCCCGAUGUUACACAGCAAUCCUCAAACUUGCAGCCAGAGCCAGAGUCAUAUCUCGCGCAGGGAGCCGGCCGAUACUUCCCUGUGAUCGAUCAGUCUCAUGAUGUAGCUCUGGUGACAAAGCUAUUGGACCGGACUCGCGAUUGCAAUGGCGUUUGCAGCGAGAACAUCUUGCUCUGGGGUCUGCCCGGUUGCGGUAAACGCCGCAUUGCAAGGCAAGCCGCCCUGGACUUCUCCAAGGCCACAAAGUGCACCAUUCUAUUCAUUGAUGGCCGGACUCAUGAAACCUUCCUGAGAGACUACCGCGAUGCAUAUACCACCAUGACCGGUGACACACUGCCUCAGGGUUUGGCGGUUGAAGCACUCUUGCUCAAAAUCAGAAUCACCCUCGAAUCCUGUCGCCAAGAUUGGCUCAUGGUCAUCCUGGACCUGCAAUUCUAUCUAGAAGACGGUACUGAUCCCUUGCCCGGCGGUCCGGAUUCAGCACCUACUUCCUUCCUCCCAGAGAGGUCUCGAAUUCUGGUGACAUCUUCCUACGUGAUCGCAUCUCUUGCCGGCACCGUCGACCAAGAUGUGGCCAUGAUUUGCGGCCUGAAGUUCGCCCGGUGGGCCACAUGUCUGCAUGUCGUUGGCGUCGAUGAAAAGAAGGCCAUCCUCUACCUUCAGCAUUCGGGGGUUGAUGCUUCUGACAUCUCAGCCUUCAAGCGCAAGGGAGCCUCUUCACUUUCCAUACCACCCCUGCGACUUGCACUUUCUGCCGCUUGCAUGCGCCUCCUUGGCAUGACUUCGAGCCAAUUUCGCCGCUUGUGCCACAGAAAAUUCAAGGCUCUUCCCUCCUGGCCAGGUUCUGACACCGACUUUUCCAACACCAUGGCAAUUCUUUGGAAAGCCAUCAAUGACUACGAGCCACUAGCCGGCCGCAUCCUCGCUGUGGUCUCCGUUGUAGAUCGACUGCAUCUCCCGAUUUCCCUGAUUGCAAAGCUUCCCAUCUUUCUCAGCAUCGACGCCGACGUGUUCUCUUCAGCGAUCGAUACACUGCUUCUGAGUGGACUUGUGGAGAUCCACGACAGAUUGGGACACGAGACCCUCAGUAUACCUCUCACAAUCUAUCGAUGGGUCCAACUAAGGUUGAGGGCCGUGGAGGAUGAAGAAGAGUACGGAGACAUGAUGAAAGCGUGGGAGGCCAUCUUCACCGAGUAUCUGACCGAAUCACCCAAGCAUGUCACCCCGGGAAAAUCGUGCUUCUCAAGUGAAAGAUUCUGGCCCAUGAUCGGCCAUGUUACAUCGUUGUGUAAUUUCAAGGCCGGGAGUUUGCGCGUCAUUUGCAGUCUCAGCUAUAUGAAAUUCCUGCAACAAGUGGCCCUCAUCUUGAUAGAGGAUGGCAUUCUUUUCAACCAGGGAUUGAUGGCAAUAACGCACGCCUUGGACAUGUGUGUCUUGCUUCAGGAUCAACACAGACCACCCGGUGGAAAUCUCAGCUUACAUCGAGACUACGUCUCUAUGCUCCAGACUCGAGCCCUUGCCUUCUCAAAGGCUUCUAAGUUUUCCGAGUCCAAGGCCGAACUUAGGGAAGCCGAGCGAUAUUUGAGUCAACAUCUUGGCACAGAUUCCUGCUAUGAUAGUCAUCGGCGUCGAAUUGAUGAUGCUAAAGCCCACCUGUCAAUCAUACAACAAGAUUUCCCUGAAGCGCUCCGACUUCUCACUCCCCUCAUAGCAUCAUCAAAUAGUCGAGAAGACCCUUUUAUCAUUGCACAACGACAUUUCUGGUUAACCGCCUACAAAACUUCCAUCAAGGCCGACAUUGGGGCUUUGAAGCAUUCACAUGUGGCAAUGGGAUAUUGGGCAGCUCUCUCGGAACGUGAAAAAUGGGGCCAUGAAGACAGCAGAAGACUGCAUUGGGUCGAGAACCACAUGAUUUGCUUGAUGUACCUGGGCAAAUACAAAGGAGCUUUGCUCUUCGGAAGACGACUUCUGAAAUGUGCGCAACAACUAACACCAAACUUUGGGAUAUCACUUUGCCGCAUGACUUACAGAGUCGUCCUAUGUCUCAGUGCACUUGGCAAGCUGGACGAAGCAGAAGAAGCAGUAUGCUAUCUCCUUGCACGAUCGGACUACAAAAGGGUUGAGGACGAGACUCUGUCACACCUGCUUGUUGUGCUGCACGCAUUAGGCCAACUACUACAAAUGCAUGGCCGCACCGUGGAAGCUGAGGGCGUUUACCGCUACAUUUUACGAGGAGCCAAGCAGUGGAAUGUCCAAAGCAUAGGAAGCCCCAGUCGCUACGAUGUGACAGGGGCCUGGACAAGGUUGGUCAUGUGUCUCAUUGAACAAGGCAAGUUUUCAGAAGCUCGAGUUAUCCGCGACAAAUAUCAAGACGAAGCCGAUGAAGACCGCAUAGAUCGACUUAUCAUGCGCGCAAGAGCCGCCUACAAAUACAUGAAGGAAGUCUACACCAAAAGACUGGAGGCAGAACGCUCGGGCCACCUCUUGGAGUACGAGGCACUGGUUGAUCUGUACGGGCUGAAACCAGAUUUAGACGAAGCAAUCACCAUGUUUGGAGAUCCAAAGCAGCGAGUUGAAGAAAAUCGCGAUUUUGAAAUCGAUAUCGACAUCCACAAAGUCAGCCGAGCGAGAAAAAGCAGAAUUCUCCCGCUGCUGAAUUUCCCCUUGGUAUAUCAAUCUUUCGUUCACUUGACUGCCAGGCGGUUUGAGUUGGAUGACCCUUCCGAGGACCUUUGGUGCAAUCGCAAACAGACGAUUUUAGGCCAAUAUUGGAGAUUCUGCGAUUGCAAAAGGAAGAGACAAAGGAGUGCCAGUGUGAGCCUGGAUAUUCUGGUCGAAGGCGCACCCAAGCAACGACGAAAUAUGGAGCCGGGCAGGGCAGGAACAACACUCAACCAAAAAUCGCUCGACGACUGGGUCAUACGAACUCCUGCACACAAGGUAUUGCCGCCUGGCUGCUGCGAAUCAUGUCCCUGUAUUGCCGCGAACUUAGCGGGCCAAAAGGAAAGCAGAGACCUAGAAUCGAAGCUAUUUCUCUGGACGGACUCCGAAGCCGAGGAGGCGAUCAAGUCGAAAGACCCUCCCCGUUAUCGACGGCGCAAGCCAAAAAGGCAACCAAUCCCAGACCACGAAAUUUUCACAUACGAUCCAGCCAAGAAUGCCUGGCUCUGGCUACAGUCUGAAUGGAGGGAUGGGGACGGAGAGGAUGAGAACUAUAUCAUCCCGAGCGCGCUGGACAUCCCCGGAAUCUCGAUCACGCCUCCUGAAGGCGACAAAGAACUGUUGCCGGAAGCCAAAGACCACCAGAGCAAACUAACGGAGCAUUACGAACGAGAUUUCGCCAGCGAGUACGUUAUGGAAUUGACAAGGUCGGCGGGUCGGCGUUUCGAAUACCAUCGCCUUGAUGAUAUACUCGAAGACGAUGAAUGA